CAAAUAAAAAAUAUAAGUAAACAAUACAAUAAAAGUGAUAAAGUUGAAUGUAGAUAAUAUAUACACUUUUAGCUGGAUAUUAGAAGUCUGCUACGUGCUGUGGCUAGUGAUUGAACCAGUAUCUCUGCUGCAGUGACCAUGAGCGCACCGAUUGUGAGAACGAGAUACGGAGCCUUGAAAGGUACAGUUGUACAAAAUGUAGAAGGCGGAGAGUACUUGGCCUUCAAUGGUAUUCCCUAUGCUGAGCCACCAGUGGGCCAACUAAGGUUCAAGGAACCCCAACCUCCAAAAGCAUGGUCAGGCAUCAGGGAUGCUCGGAAAGAAGGUUCUGCGGCAAUACAACUCGAUACGAUGAGACCGACUCCUGAAAUAAUUGGGAGUGAAGAUUGUCUCUAUUUGAAUGUUUCUACUAAUUCAUUGUCUGGCAAAAGGGCUGUUAUGGUAUGGAUACAUGGAGGAGGAUUUGUGAUGGGCACAGGAAGUAGUGAAAUGUACGGUCCGGACUAUCUACUUAAACACGACAUAGUUUUCGUCUCCAUUUAUUACAGACUUCAUGUACUCGCAUUUCGUGGUGUCGCUUUUGAUCAAGCCAGUAUCUCUGCUAGAGCGACCAUGAGCGCACCGAUUGUGAGAACGAGAUACGGAGCCUUGAAAGGUACCGUUGUACAAAAUGUAGAAGGCGGAGAGUACUUGGCCUUCAAUGGUAUUCCCUAUGCUGAGCCACCAGUGGGCCAACUAAGGUUCAAGGUAAUUUUAUGUCGGGACAAUAAGGAAUCAGGACUACAAUUAGCUGCAUUAUUAGGAUUUGAAACUACAGAUGGUAAAGAAGCUGCACAGUUUCUACGGACAGUCGAUGCUAAAACAUUGACAGAAGGAGUGGUAGAGCUUACUGGUGGUUUCGGAGAGUUCACCGUUAACGUUUUAUUUGUACCAACAAUGGAUGACAAGAGUGAAAAUCCCUUUGCACCUCAGCCAGCAGAUGAAAUGGCCAAAAAAGGAAUUGAGGUUCCAAGUAUAUUCGGUUACAAUAGUCACGAAGGGAUUAUGUUCCUUAUAGGAUCUACGGAUAAGACAUACAGUAAAGUCAAAAAUGACUUCGAUGGCUUUUUUGAUAAACUCAUUGUUAAUCAAAAUAUUAAAAAAACUGAUGACGUCGUAAAAAGUGUCAAGAAAUACUAUUUUGGGAAGGAGCCAAUCACACCAAAGCAACGCGACAAUUACGUAGAGAUUCUAGGUGACCUGCAUUUUGUCUAUGGAAUUCGACGAGUAGUAGAUAUUCAAUCACAGAAAACAGUACCGAUGUAUCUUUAUAAAUUCUCUGCCCUAUGUGAAAAUUUUAGUAUGAUAUCUUUGUUCAAACUUAACGCAAAAGGUACAUGUCAUGGAGAUGAUAUAGGCUGUCUAUUCUACAAUCGUUUAUUCAAUAACAAGUUCGAACCGAAUUCUAAGGCUCGUAUAAGGAUGGAGCGUUUCACCAAGUUGUGGACGAACUUUGCCAAAACUGGGGACCCAACGCCAAAGCUCGACGACGUGAUAACUGAGAAAUGGCUACCAGUAACUAAGCAAGAAGUUCAUUAUCUAGAAAUUAAUGAUGAUCUUGUACCCGGCGUCAAUCCGGAUGAAGAAAAAUGGCAAUUCUGGAAAAGCAUAUCUGAAUCCGCGUUAUUUUCUUUCAAUUCUGCCUUUCGCGUCGCAUCAUCAGGAUCUACGGAUAAGACAUACAGUAAAGUCAAAAAUGACUUCGAUGGCUUUUUUGAUAAACUCAUUGUUAAUCAAAAUAUUAAAAAAACUGAUGACGUCGUAAAAAGUGUCAAGAAAUACUAUUUUGGGAAGGAGCCAAUCACACCAAAGCAACGCGACAAUUACGUAGAGAUUCUAGGUGACCUGCAUUUUGUCUAUGGAAUUCGACGAGUAGUAGAUAUUCAAUCACAGAAAACAGUACCGAUGUAUCUUUAUAAAUUCUCUGCCCUAUGUGAAAAUUUUAGUAUGAUAUCUUUGUUCAAACUUAACGCAAAAGGUACAUGUCAUGGAGAUGAUAUAGGCUGUCUAUUCUACAAUCGUUUAUUCAAUAACAAGUUCGAACCGAAUUCUAAGGCUCGUAUAAGGAUGGAGCGUUUCACCAAGUUGUGGACGAACUUUGCCAAAACUGGGGACCCAACGCCAAAGCUCGACGACGUGAUAACUGAGAAAUGGCUACCAGUAACUAAGCAAGAAGUUCAUUAUCUAGAAAUUAAUGAUGAUCUUGUACCCGGCGUCAAUCCGGAUGAAGAAAAAUGGCAAUUCUGGAAAAGCAUAUCUGAAUCCGCGUAACUCUUUAGUUCCCAACGUCACAUGUACUGUUAUAUGUAACCUCCUUGGAUAAAAUAAGGCUUUAGUGUAAAACUAAACUUUUUCGUUAUUAGAACAUUUUACUAUUUAUUGUAACUUAAGAAAUGUUCCUUAUGACAAAAUCUAUCACACGUACAGGACUGGCCAAAAGUAUUGUCAGAGUACAAUUCGUUUAAUCAGUAUUAUACUCUGCAAAUAUUUUUCACUAGCACUGUAUAUACAUACCAAAAUCUGAUGAGAUAUGAAUAAAAAAACGUCAAGAAUUAAAAA